AUGCAGCCCGACUUACCGUUGUCUAAGCAGAACCUCAUGGACCAGCUAAGGUUUGUGAAAAGAACAAAAAAGAUUACCGACAUCAAAUUUGAUGAGAUAAAGGCUCGGCUCGGAAGGGACGGAUUGCUCGUGACGGCUGGCACUGAUAACGCUGUGCCUGCGGAGCUGCCGGAGGCGAAUGCUUUGGGUGAGUCUGGUGCGUCGAUCUUGGUGCCUGGUUCGUGUGACGGCAUGCUGACUAGCCCAGAAGUUGCUGAGGCCACCCACAGCGAGUUGCUGGACGCUUCUGUUGAUGGUUUUCGUGGAGCUAGUCCUGACACCUCAGUUACAUCAGGUGGUUCGGGUGAUGGUACUGGCGCAGCAAUGCAAACUGGCACCAACGCUAGUGACACCCUGGGUGCGUUCGAGCCAGACAGUACACCACUUUACACCAAACUUGUUGAAAUCUACGAACAGUGCGGUUCAACUACUCCAGAGUCCAGGUCGAGCCUACCAGUACCUAGGCACGUGGCCAGGAAGUCCCUGGCCUCUGCCACUGCCCGUGUGAACAAGAUACUCCCUAGACUUCUGGAGUGUGACCCUGGGUUGCGAGAUGACACCACCUCGCUUGGCCAGAUCAGUGACAUGGUCUAUGCUGGGGCCAAGCUUGUACUCUCACUGCUGGAUAUCAAUACAGAUGGUACCCCUGAGACAGCUAGAGGAGAACGCUCCUUGCCUGCCUGGCGACAACGCCUUGAAAAACGUGUUUGUGCACUGAGGGCUGACGUCUCCCAGCUGACCAGCUUCCUGCGUGAUGGAUCCCUCUCUGACACCAACAUCAAGCAGCACAGGAUCCACCGGCAAUAUAAAGUCCAGACUUUGGAUCAGGCCCGCCAGCUACUGGAGUAUACGAAAAUGCAGCUAGAAGCAACAGCCGCACGGAUCCGGCGCUAUAAGCUAGAGGCAACACACAGGUCGGAGAAUCGUGUUUUCGUCACGAAUGAGCGUCAGUUCUACCGCAAUAUGACCAAGUCUACGGAAAUACCUGGGCAGCCACCUUUCGACCAGGCUGCUGCGCAUCCAUCGGCUGAGGCUGUUACUGAGUUCUGGUCAUCUAUACUGGAACAACCCGUGGAGCUGCGUGGCGGUGCUUGGCUUGAUAAUUUGGAGAGGGACUGUGAGGAGAUUCAACAACAAGACCGUGUCAUUCUUCAACUGGAGGACCUCAGGGACAUCUUGAAGAAAUCAAACAACUGGAAAGCCCCAGGACGGGACAAGAUCCAUGCAUUUUGGUGGAAGAAGUUUUCGUCUAUCCACGAGCGUCUUGUGGUCUCCUUUCAAUCAAUCCUGGAUGCAGAGACAGAGUCGCCGGCCUGGUUUUCGUUUGGUAUCACCACUCUACUGCCUAAGAAAGGAGACCUUUCUAGGCCCGAGAAUUAUCGCCCAAUAACAUGCCUGCCAGCGAUUAGCAAGAUAUUCACAUCCUUACUCGCUGCUGCCAUGUGGCGCCAUUUAUCUUCAGAGGAUAUCUUUGCAGAUGAGCAAGUUGGCUGUACUCCAGGGCGUGGCGGAUGCCUUGACCAACUAAUGAUCGAUAAGAUGGUUCUAGAGGAUGCAGCAUCCCGUAGUCGGAAUCUUUCGACAUGCUGGGUGGACUUCCGCAAAGCCUUCGAUAGCCUGUCUCACCAGUGGAUCCGGAGAUGCCUGUUGAUCUACCGCUUUGCAGACAAUCUUGUCUCAUGCAUCUCAAGCAUGAUGGAUCAUUGGAGAACGCAAAUGGUACUGCCUGGUCAAACACCCCGUGCAUUCAGUCGCCCAAUAUCUAUCCACCGUGGCAUUUUCCAGGGCGAUUCCCUUUCUCCACUGCUAUUUUGCCUGUCUCUAAAUCCGAUCAGUGGCGAGUUGACCAGGACGGGUCUUGGCUACCGCUGCGGCCCACCGGCCCAGGUGUGCCCUGUAUAG